AUGUCUCCUUCAUCCCUUAACUGGGGUUCAUCAACUAGCAUUAAUCGUCUACCACCUAAUGCCAACCAUCGUUAUAGUCAAGCAACAACUAACACCGAUGGAAGACUUUCACCUAUUUCUGAUGGUGGAUAUUCGGAUCGUUCUGCCUCAGGUCAAGCUCCUGCUAGACCUCCUAAGGAACCAAUUGUCCCCGAGAAGCCACUCAAUAUUCGUAAUAAAUCUACAAAGCCAAGUCCAUUGAGUAAUGAACAAUUACAAGACGAGAAUGAAGAUAGUAAUACACAAUCUGCUUCGAGAAGAUUAAGUGGUGCGUUGAAUGCUCCGACGAGAAAACCUACUGGGCCAAGAAGUAUGAGUGUGGCUAGUAAGAGUGGAGAGUUGAACAGAGAUGAAACAGUUAUUAGGAGGAAUGUUAAGAGGAACACAUUUAAUGAUUUUACCAGCAAUCAUAGUGGCGAGUCGGAAACUUUUUAA